AUGGCUCAUGUGGCUUCCCUUGCUGCUUUUGUAGCUGCUCGCUUCCCCCGUGGCCCCCGUCACCCUCGUCCGCGUGACCAAUCCUCUCGUCCCUUUGGUGGUUCGUCUUCAGCCCGUCUUUUCUCUAGCCCGGGCCAGCCUUCUCACCGUGCUCCACGUCCUUCCUCCUUCUCUCAAGCCAAGUGCCCUUAUCCUCGUGCUUUCGCUGGCAUGCAUGUUGCGUCCUCUUCCGAUCCUAAUUGGUAUUUGGACUCCGGUGCCACCAAUCACAUGACCCAUGAUGCGCAGACAUUCCACUCCGGCACUCCGUAUGCUGCUUCAGAUCAGGUUGUUGUUGGUAAUGGUGACACCCUCCCCAUCACUCAUUCUGGUAACCUUUCCUUUUCUUCUGGUUCCUUUGUCUUUCGUCUUUAUGAUGUUCUCCAUGUUCCUUCCCUUCGUAAAAAUCUUUUAUCUGUCGCUCAGUUUACUCGUGAUUUUAAUGUUAGUAUUACCUUCUUUCCUUGGGGAUACCAAAUUCGUGACUUACAGCGUGGUGUUGUUCUCUUUCAGGGCCUAUGUAAGGAUGGUCUUUAUCCUAUCUUUCCAUCGCUAUUGUCCAGUUCCAAGCAAGCUUUUUCUUCUAUCGUCGCGUUGUCCUCUUUGUGGCAUCGUCGUCUUGGUCAUCCCUCCAAUACAGUUCUUCGCACACUUGUUUCUCGUGAUCGCCAUCAUGGUUACCGCUGUCUCCAUCCUCCUACAGGUCGGCUCUACGUUUCUCGCCAUGUCAUUUUUCAUGAAGAUCAACUCUAUUAUGCUGCUGUUUCUAAGCCUGUUCCGCUCUCAGACCUUGCUGUGGUCAUCGUGGGCCUUCUUCAUAGUCCACCAGCUCGGCCCAAUCCUGAUGUCAAUUCUCCAGACACAGCCCGGUUCUCCAACACCACAUCUGGGUCAACUUCCUCUCAAUCUUUUCACGUCCACCCUAGCUCUCCACAACCAGCCGAAAUCUAUUAUCCCCAAUUAGCCGUCUCGCCCCCAUCAUCAGCCCCCUGUUCUCCAACACCACCAGACUGCUGUUCUCUUCUCCAACACACUGCCGUCCCCACCUCUUCUCCACCACCAGCCGUCUCAUCCCCAUCCUUGGUCCUAAAUUCUCAAACACCACCCGACUGCCUUUCUCUUCCUUCACAGCCAGCCGUCUCCGCCUCUUCUCCAACAACUUUGUCGUCGUCUCCUCUUGUUCAUUCUCCUGUCCCUGUCAUCGGUCCUCCACCACCAAGUGCCCGUCUCAGUCCUGUGCACACCCGAUCCAAGUCUGGAAUUGUCAAGCCAAAUCCCAAAUAUCAUGCCAAUUUUUCUACUCGGUACUCCGUUCCUCAUGCUUUCUCUGCUUUGGUCAACACAUACGUAGAACCCACCUGCUACACACAAGCAUCUCGCUAUCUCGAAUGGAAACAGGCCAUGCUAGAUGAGUAUCAUGCCCUCCUUCAGCAAGGCACCUGGUCUUUGGUGCCGUCAUCCCCUUUACUCAAUACGGAUGGUUGCAAAUGGGUCUUCCGAAUAAAGCGGCGCUCCGAUGGCACAAUUGAACGAUAUAAGGCACGCCUUGUUGCCAAAGGCUUCCAUCAACAAUUUGGUGUCGACUAUUUUGAUACAUUCAGUCCUGUGGUUAAGCCCACAACCGUUCGCACUGUUCUCUGUCUGGCUAUUUCUUUUGGAUGGCCUCUUCGGCAACUCGAUGUCAAAAACGCAUUCUUGCACGGCUCUCUAUCUGAAGAUGUUUAUAUGCGGCAACCACCCGGCUUGGCUGACCCUAACCGGCCCAGUCAUGUGUGUAAACUUCAUAAGGCCAUUUAUGGUCUUAAGCAGGCUCCCCGGGCAUGGUUUCGGCGAUUUAGUUCUUUCCUCAUGAGUGUUGGCUUUCCUCAAAGUCAGGCUGACACUUCUAUGUUUGUUUAUCAUGAUCACUGUUCUGUUAUGAUCUUGUUGCUAUAUGUAGAUGACAUCAUUCUCACAGGCAGUAAUUCUUCUCAUCUCCUUCCUUUCUCCGCAAAUUGGGUCCAUUAUCACCCUACUUCCAUCCAUCUUACUCAGAACAAGUACACCGUUGAUCUUCUCAAACGUAGCAAUCUCUUGGACUGCAAACCUGUUUCUACACCCAUGACUUCCAAAGGUACUCUUUCUCGGACCCAUGGUACUGUCCUUGCGGACCUUACCCCUUAUCGACAGAUGGUUGGCACCCUACAAUAUCUCACCAUGACUCGUCCUGAUAUCUCAUACGUUAUUCAACAUGUCUCUCAAUUUAUGGGAUCACCCAGUGAUGUUCAUUUUGAAGCUGUCAAACGGAUUUUACGUUAUCUAAAAGGCACCCUUGGAGUUGGCCUUCCUGUUCGCAGGUCUCCUGACUGUUCCUUCUUAGUUGCCUAUUCCGAUGCAGAUUGGGCUGGAUGUCCUGACACUCGCAGGUCUACAACCGGGUAUUGUGUAUUCUUGGGCCCCAACCUCAUUUCGUGGAGUGCCAAGAAGCAGCCCACCGUCUCCCGUUCUAGUGCUGAAGCCGAAUAUCGAGCUCUUGCCUAUGCCUAUGCAAAUACUUUGUGGAUUCAAGGUCUCUUAACUGAACUUCGUUGUCCGCUUACUCGUCCAGUUUUACUUAACUGUGACAACCUGUCUGCCACAUACUUAGCUGCUAAUCCUGUCUUCCAUGCUCGUACAAAACACAUUGCUAUUGAUUAUCACUUUGUCCGUGAACGGGUCGCCUCUGGCAGUCAUAAAGUUCAGUUUGUUCCUUCUUAA